GCCCUCGUUGAAUUCCCCUCCCAGUCCACCUGACGCCUCCCAGUGCAGCCCAGUGCAGCCCAGUGCAGCCCAGUGCAGCCCAGUCCCGUCCGCUGUGCACCUCUGGCUCCACUCCCAGCUUUGGCACCGCCGGGCGCGGAGGUUCCUGCCCUGCUGCGGUUGACUCAGCCUUAGGGCUGCAGCACCGGCGGGCACCGUGCGGCCCAUGGCCCCCCCCCAGCCCCGGGAGAGCCCCCCCCGAGCCCGCAGCACGCAUGGAGCUGGAGCUGCUGGACCUCAGCUUCCUGACCGAGGCGGAGCGCUGCGCCAUCGCCGAAGUGCUGCACCGCGACGCUCUGCUGCGCCGCACGGAGGAGGGCCGCGUCAGCACCCGGAGCUGAGCGGUGCUCCACGGCCGAGCAGCAAACUGCGCCAGUCGGAGUCGGACCCGGUGCGGCUGCGGACCCUCACGGGGGAAUGGUUCUGUGAUGUCCGUGCACAGCGCCAUCAGAACCUGCUGGGAUCCGACCUCGUCCGUGCGUCCAUCCGGCGCAGGAGGCGGCCAUGGGGAGUGGCAGAGCUGGAGUGUGGGCUCAGCCGUGGUGAGCUGGAAGCCAUCAGGGAGUGGCUGCUGGAGGAGAAGGAGGAUGAGGAGGGUGCACGGGAGGAGAGCCCCAAUGAGGACGGAGUCCCGGCAGCCGCAGAGCCUCAGCCCGACCCCACCGCCCCGGAGGGGACAGCGGUGUCACCAUCUGCGCAGCACGGUGACGUCCCAGCGGGGGAACAGGACGGCCCCGGGCAGCCAGGUGAUGGAGUGGAUGGGAACCCCUUUGGCACCUCCAGCGUGGAGGAAGAUGAAGAGGAGCCCAACGCUGCACACAGCAGUCCUGGUGUUGUACAGGGCACGGAGCCCCCCCCGGCCGGCCGGACAUCCCCGCAGGACGGCCGCUCUCCGCCGUGCGCCGCGCUCAGCAGCAGCUCCUCCAUCUCCAGCCUCAGCUCCUCCACGCCGAGCGGCAGUCUGCUGAGCCUCUACAGCGACUCGGAGCUGCGCCGGGUGGCGGUGCGGGGCUGCGUGCAGUUCUCGCUGCGUUACGAAGCGGCGGCGCAGGAGCUGCGGGUGCACGUGGUGCGGUGCCGGCAGUUGGCCGAGGCGAAGCGGCAGCGCUCCGACCCGUACAUCAAGACCUACCUGCUGCCCGAUAAGUCCAACCGCAGCAAGCGCAAGACCUCGGUUCGGAAGCGGAGUUUGGACCCCGUCUUUAACGAGACCCUGAAGUACAACGUGCGGAAGGCGGAGCUGCGGGGUCGGACGCUGAAUCUGUCCGUGUGGCACCACGACGCGUUGGGUCGGAACCUCUUCCUGGGGGAGGUGGAGGUCCCGCUGGGGGAGUGGGAUUGGGCCAACACGCGGCCCGAGUGGUUCAACCUGCAGCCCCGCACCCCCAUACCCACAGACAGCCUCCCCAACCGAGGACACCUCAACCUGGCACUCAAAUUCAUCCCCGCCGGCUCUGAAGGUUCGGGGCAGCCGCCCACGGGUGAGCUGCACAUCUGGGUGAAGGCUGCACAGGGUUUGGUCCCACUGCAUGGCAGCACGGUGGAUGCCUUCGUGCAGUGCUCUGUGCUGCCCGAUGACAGCAAGGCAGGCCGGCAGAAGACGCGGGUGGUGAAACGCAGCCUCAGCCCCAUCUUCAACCACACCAUGGUGUACGACGGCUUCCAGCCCCACGACCUGGCCCAGGCCUGCGCUGAGUGCACCCUAUGGCACCGGGAUGCCUUCGCCAAGAGGCAGCUGGGGGGGCUGCGGCUGAGCCUGGGCACAGGGAGCAGCUACGGGCUGCCCGUGGGCUGGAUGGAUUCGACGGCGGAGGAGCGGGCGCUGUGGGGCCGAGUGCUGCGGGAGUCCGGCCGCUGGGUGGAAGCGCUGCUACCGCUGCGCACCGACCUCGUGCCCCGCACCGCACCGUGAGCGCAGCGCGACCCCCGGGGUGGGGAGAGGGAAAGGGGGGAGGAGGGGAAGAGGGAGGCGUCGCUCUGUGCCCCACACAUGUGGGGCUGUGCCCCCGCCGUCCCUCGGGCUGCAAUGAAACACCGCACUCUC